AAAUGUUCCAUAUUAGGGUGGUUGGUCAUGAUAUUACCAAAUCAUUGAAGUCAACUAACGAGCUGUUGUCGAUUAUUUUUAGUUCGUUCGAAGCGAUGGACUCUGAAGGCAGUGGGACGAUGGAGGUGGCGGCGCUCGGACGGCCUUUCAGCCUCGGGAUGUUGUACGACUGCCGCAACGACUCACUCGUCCCUGGAAUGACUUUGUGGGACCGUGAGGACCUUAAAAAUGAUGUUGGAGAAAGACCACAGCACUAUAAUGAUUGUAAUAUAGUUGCAUCUGAAUCAAUUGAGGACAAAUCUUCAGCACUAAAUGUUGAAGCAUCACUGAAGGCAAGUUUCUUGGGUGGACUGGUACAGGUUGGUGGAUCAGCCAAAUACCUGAACGAUAGUAAGACUUCCAAAAAUCAUGCCAGUGUAACACUGAAUUACCAAGCUACCACAAAGUUCCAUGAACUGUCCAUGGAUCAGCUUGGAAGAGAUAAUGUUAAGCAUCCAUAUGUGUUUGAAAAAGGAAUAGCAACACAUGUAGUCACAGGUAUCCUUUAUGGGGCUCAAGCCUUCUUUGUCUUUGACCGUGAGGUGUCUGUCAACGAGAACCAUCAAGACAUUCAGGGCAACUUGAAGGUGAUGAUCAAGAACAUUCCCUCCCUUUCAAUAGAGGGUGAAGGCUCGCUGAAAAUGGAAGACAAGGACAAAGCAAAUGUUGAGAAACUGUCCUGCAGAUUCUUUGGAGACUUUUUUAUUCAGAAACCUCCAACAUCCUUUCAGGAGGCAGUAGAGGUGUACCAAAGUCUGCCAAAGCUGCUGGGAGCCAACGGGGAAAACGCAGUACCAGUGAAGGUCUGGCUGUUACCUCUGACAUUUUUAGAUUCUACUGCCGCUAAACUUGUCCGUCAGAUAAGUAUAGGAUUAGUUGAAGAAUGUCAGAGUGUCCUAGAGGACUUCAGUGACCUGGAAAUGAGGUUCAAUGAUGCACUGAGAACCCAAACUGCACAGCAGUUCCCACAGAUUGGAAAAAAACUCAAAACCUUUAAACAGAAGUGCUCUCAGUUCAAACUGGAAUUCCAACAAACCCUGGCAAAGAAACUUCCAUCAAUCCGAGGAGGAGGAGAAGAAGAAGCUGUGCUCGCAGAGAUCCUGAGUAAGACAUGUUCUUCUCCUUUCAGCAGCAAGGACCUGAACGAGUGGAUGGACUGCAAGGAGAGAGAAAUAUCCAUUUUAAAGUCGUACACCAACAGGAUGAAAAACACCCAGAUCGUUCCACGCGAAAAUGAUCUUCAUGAAGAAAUUCUCAAUGCAGAGCAUGCUGUGUGUUUUGUCUUCACCUCGCUGGGAAGUGAUGAACCGUACCUCUCAACUUUAUCAAACUACCUUAAACAAACACCCAAACCAGACGAUGUUCAAGAUCCACACACUCCAGAUUUAGGAAAGGAACAAUGGUACCUGACAAUCAAAGUAGCAGAAACAUUGAGAAACAAAGCAAAGCUCUUCAGUGAUUUUGCAGAGGCCAACAAGGAGAACAAGAACAUCACAUUUCUGACGGUGGGUUUAACAAACGAGACACAGAAAGGUGCCAGCAUCUACCUUUAUACAGACGGCCUUUCUGUCAAUGAGAACUUUGAGCCGCCUUCAAAGCCUGCAACAGUAACAGGAAGUGAUAUAAACCACAACAGUGUGACGCUGAACAUUUCUCCACCCAGAUUUGGAGCAGAGGACAUCACCUCCUACUCUGUUGAGUACUGUGUCAGUGGAGAGGACUGGAAACAAAAGACAGCAUCCAAAGCUGAAGAAGUCACAGUG